AGUACGUUUUUAGCUUUGGAGUGAUCCGGACGAUACACACUCUGUGCUGUUGUCCCGUGAGGAUCAAUUUCACAUAUUUUUAUUUGCACUAUUUUUAUGUGUUUCGUACAUAUCUGUGUUCUCUGUACUGCUUUGUAGUGAACUACCGUGUUGAACGUUAGAAAUUUGGCGGUAUUUAUUUUAAAAGAGUUUUCUUUUUGUAAAGUGAAGUGAGAUAUAAAGCCAUGAAUUGGUGAUUUAGUGCAAAAAUUUCAAAAAUCAUUAAGCACAGGAACUGUGAUUGUGUAGGGGAGUAAAAUCUCGUUCAUUGAGUAAAAUUUGGUAUUGGCGGCCGUGUAGUGGUGCGAUGUUGUCCGUCCGUUCAUCCCUCUCAUAAGAAAGUGGCAGAGCGUGAAUCGUCGGUGUUGCACUUUGCUGGUUGAACAGAAGAAAGGAGCGAGUUGGGAGAGAAGCAUCAUUGAGAGUAUCAGACCGCCGCAGCUUGUUUGUGUGAGUGCUGGUGUGCGGUUUUUGCUUCGGUGGCGCGCGAGUGUGUGUAGUGUGUAAUUAGUUUUCUUUGCGAAUUCCGGAAAAAAGUUUAUUCGCCGAGGGGCAAUAUUGCGGAUUGCGCUCGGGAUUAGGUGAUAAAUUUGUACAAAAGAAGAAAAACUUAUGCCGAAGUUUGGGUGUGUGCACCGGUGAAAUACCACCUCCCAGGUGAGCUCGGGGCUGUGUGCGUGCGUGGUUCAGAACUAACACUCGGCCAGCAGGAAAGGUGAGCGGUAUACUAAAGUUUGCAGACUUAAUUAGAGGAAGCCGGUUCUGGUAGGAAGUCAUUCACAGAUUUGAGCAGUGUGCUCUCGAAUUGGCCACAGUCUGUAAUUAACAAGUACUUCGCGAGUGUGUUGUUUGUGCGCGCAAAAACUAUGUCCGUUAUUGUGUAACUUUCCAAGUCCCAGUACAUCUCGGCAAGAACGGAACGCUUACUGGACUUCCGUAAUAACCACUUGAGCCGUACACACAAAUCAUAAGAAAUAUGGCAGUCUUGAAACGGCCAACAUUGCUAAUCAGCUAUGCUGGCUGGUUGCACUUGUUGAUUCUGUGCGGCUGUUAUUGGCACGCAUCGAACGCCAACACGGUUCCUUUGGCUGGACCAAUCGGCGGAAAUAGCAGCGAAAACCAGCUGCAGUUGCACAACGAGAGCACUCCCUCCAGCUCGAAUGGCGGCAAACGAACCUGCUCCACUGUGCAUCCCAUCUUCGAGCAGCGAGGCUUCAAUGUGGCAAACUGGCCAGUCGACCCAGUUACAGAUAAACCACUGCGAUACUGUGAAGUGCCACCCGGAGGCACCUGCUGUACGCAUACCGUCGAGAACAAGCUGGCGGUCCAUGCGAAAACUCUGCUGGAGCGGAACACCAAAGACUCAAUCACGAAGCUGUCCGCGGUUCUGGGCAGCCGGGCGCAGAAGUUCAAUGAUUUUUUCAAACAGCUGCUCACAGAAUCGAAGGCUGAAUUUCACGCCAUGUUCAAGCGGACGUACGGCACAAUCUACGAACAGAACGCGUACGUGUUUUCCGAUCUUUUCACCGAACUGGAGCGAUACUACGCCAACGGCAAGGUGGAUCUCGGUGAAGCAAUGGAUUCGUUCUUCAACGUGCUCUACCAAAAGAUGUUCACCGUACUAAACUCGCAGUACACGUUCAACACUAAGUACCUCGGUUGCGUUAGUGAGCACAUGAAGGAGUUGAAACCAUUCGGAGAUGUUCCCGACAAGCUGUCGGUGCAGAUCAAGCGAUCGUUUGUCGCGACACGCACAUUUGCCCAGGCGCUCAACUCGGCUGCUGAUGUCGCCAAGAACAUGGUUAACGUACGGCUAACAGCUGAAUGCACAGCAGCAUUGACAAAAAUGAGCACAUGCAACACUUGUGCAGGCUUCCUGGAGAAACCAUGCUCGGCGUACUGUGUAAACGUGAUGAAGGGUUGUCUGCAGAAUUACCUGGAGCUAGAUGCCGAAUGGGACUCGUUUGUGGCGACGAUGGAACGCGUGUCCGAUCGAUUGCUGGGUCCGUUCAACAUCGUGAUGGUGGUCGAGCCAAUCAACAUCAAGAUCUCCGAAGCCAUCAUGAACUUUCAGGAAACUGGCCAGGACAUUUCCAACCGCGUGUUUCAAGGUUGCGGCAAGCCAGCGCUAGGUCGCCGACGGAGGGCAACCAAUUUGGUCCCCCUCAUCGAACCGGAACUGUUGCGAAACCGACGCAACGUAGACAAUGCGGCGCAGCGCUCCUCGCAGGAUGACAGUGAUAUUUUCAUCCUCGACGACGAACACGUCCAGAACGAAAAGCAACAGAUAACGAAGCGAUCAGCACAGGAUUCGUCUAGUCGCGAACUAAAGUACGAACCGGUCCAAUUCUCCAACGGAGAAAUCCAGUUCACCAACAACAACAGCCCGCCAAACCAGGCCCAAACCGGCGGCAACGCCAACACCAAUCGAAGCAAUAGACGCAAGAACAACCGAAAGCAAACGGACGACGAGGAUGGCAAUCGUGAGCCAAUCGAUAAGCUAGUGAAAGACAUUCGCCAGCGAGUCAAAGACUCGAAACGAUUCUGGUCCAACCUGCCGUACAUGUUGUGUAACAACGAAGAAGUGGCAGCACCUCCCGCCAGCGAUGGCAACUGCUGGAAUGGAAACACCGUCGAUAGAUAUCUGCACGUGAUCGCAUCGGAAACGGAAAAGAACCCAGAGUUCCCAAACCGGGCAGCCAACACCCGACAAAGCGCCAUCGUGCAACAGCAGCUUUACACGUUGCGUACAGCGAUAAGCCAGCUGAGAAAUGCCUACAAUGGCCACGAUGUCGAAUGGUCCGAUCAAGAGGACAGUUACGACGGCAGUGGUUCCGGAGGCGGAAGCGGUUUCGACGAAGAUGACGACACCGGCUCCGGGUUGGGUCCGUGGGUGGACGAACCAACUGUUCCCGACUCGCCGACUGGCUCGGGAGCGGAGGGCAAGAGUGGCGGCAGCAGUAGUAGCGGCGGAAGUGUUGAAUUUGACUCCACCAGUCACAAAACGGUCACCGUGGUGGUGAGCGGUGCCGGCGGCAGCAGUAGUGGAACCUCGAGCACCACGGGAAGCGGUAGCUCACGAGUGCCCCCAAUGUCGAUAACAAGAGCGUUGCUUCAGUUCUUCUUGCCGCUGGUGAUGGCGUGGUUCGGCGGACUGUUUGCUGAUUUGCUGUGAUUUGAUCAAACCCUAGCUGUGUAUUGUGUAUAUUUUUAUCUGUAUUAGUAUCUAGUUUAUACCGACCCUUUUAAAAAUGUAUGAUAGCCAGAAUGUGAGAUUAGAUCCUGCAGAAUGUGACGCGUAUGGAAAACGCACUUGAAGAAAACCGAAAGAUGUGCAUAUAUUUAUAGGUAGCGUUUUUUUUUAAAUUCCCAAAACAUGUGCUGUACGCGUUGAUAUGUGAUGAAGAUUACGUUGGACAGCUAGAAAAUUUAUGCAGUCAACCUUGGAUACGUAACCGACCUCUGAUAGCUUCUUAGAUUUCAAAAUAAUCUUGCAAUGAGAUUGAAACUAGAUAGAAACACACGACUGCUUAUCUGCGUCUAUUUUAUUUUAAUCUCAUUGUAUGGAUUCCACUAACAAACCACUCUAACUGUAUGUAGGCGUCCCGAUAAUUAAAACAAAUAACUCAAUCAUAUUUUUUCAUUAGAGUACAGAUACUUUGUGCCAGGGUAACUUACCUCCAUCCACUAACAAAAGUUUACGUUACAUGGCAAGCAUUUUCUAGCAUUUACAAAAAUCGCCAUUCCUACUUAAAAUUCAUUGUAUUAACAGUUAUCAUCUACUUAAAUGCGAAGGAAGUUUGGGAGAAAUGCGAUUUCAUAAUAUUAUAUAUUUAGGCCUUAUCACAACUCUAGUCAAAUUACAAAUAGAUAGUACCAUCUUCCUUCGUGUAUAUUGCAGAAACUGUUUCCCAACUUAUCUUAUGUAAUUUUAUUUCAGUUUCAAUAGUGAACAAUUUUAAACUCAUAAUCUAUACGUUAUUUUUUUAAGUCUAACCUGACUGCCCUGGAAACUCAUGAUUUGCCAACAGCCACAAAUAACGCUUUACGUACAGUUAACGAUCCUGUAUAUAUUUGGUUUUAAGAAAUUAGAUAGUACUUAUAUGGAGAAACGGUGAUGUAACAAAAGUAAGAGAACAAAAAAAAGCGAAGAAAACUAGUAUUAUUUAUUAACCCUCUCAGCAAUGGCAAUAUAUUUUAAUUUAUGUAGACGAAAUUUAUGUAUAACUAGCGCUAGAUAUAUCACCGAAGCGAAAAUUUAUUUCGAAAACCGCAAAACUAAUCUACUGCCGCGCUCCUUCUAUAAAAGUCUACUCAAAUCUCAUACACGUUGCUGCAUUUACGUUGAGAGAGGGAUAGUAAAUCGUUGAUCAGUUUGACAAGAUGCGGAGGGAAGGCGAAGGUGUAUUAAAUACAGGGGUUUUAGUAACGUAAGAAACAUGCGAUGAUGUGGAAAUGCGCACAACACAACCAGUAUCCCAGUAUAAGCGAGCGUAUCCUGUGCAUUUAGGGCAAUAUUUGUUGAGGUAGUCGAAACAAAUGGCAGCAGAGAACGGCUAGUACGCAUCAUCGGAUAACAUGUUCGAUGAUAAAAUUAAAUAGCGCUUCCUACCACAGUAAUCCCGAAUUGUAGCAGAAUGUAUUAAAUGUACCUUCCCAAGAAUAAAAGCAUACAAAAAGGGGUAAAGCCUCUUAGGUCCAGCGAUUUAAAGCUAUACGAAAAUGUCCAACAGUGAGAUAGAAUGAACCUUUGUAAAUCUGUAACUUAUCGCUGAGAUGGUUCCAGUAUAUGAAUAUUGUAUAUGCGAUUAGGUAUGUAAAAUAUAAUCCAAUUUAUAAUAAA